GACGUAUGUUCGCCGCCUGUUGGUCUUUCACAGUUGGUGACGAGUGUUAUGAAAAUGGCCUCAACCCUGCCCGAGAGCACAGCGAACUGGGGAAGAUGACGGUGUUGAUCUCUGUAAGUCAGUUCAACACCAAAGUGUCUUUUCUUCACAAGUAGGUAAAGUGAAGCCAACUGAAACCAGGAGACUGUCGGCAGAGAAACGUCUAGAAACACCACAGACCACCGCAUAUUUUCGUUGGGCUGAGGAGCCACCAUGGAGGAUAUCAACUCAAAUAUCAACGCGGACUUGGAGGUGCGGAAGCUCCAAGACUUGGUGAAGAAACUCGAACAGCAAAACGAACAGCUCCGGAGCCGGUCUACGAUGUUGUCUUCGUCCGGAGCGAUGUCAGGGAACCACAGACCCCUCAGCGCCGGUUACGACUCUUCGUCCCUGUCAGCGGGGAUGGCAGCCGGUCUGGCCGGCUUCCCUGGGGUGGGGUUCGUCGGAACGGGCGGCUACGGUGGGCUGCUGGAGAACAACCGCUGUUUGCGCCCCAGACUGUCUUACGACGGUAUCAGCUUCGGGGGGGCGUAUGAGUACGAGGGUGCAACGGCUUCUCCCACAAUGUCGAGUAUGAACUCACUUUAUUCAGACACUUCGGGGGGAUAUAUAGAUGAGGGGGAAACAUCGAUCCUGGACGAAGUGGAGAUAUUAGACCUGGAGGACAUGGAUUGUCUUCAUGAAGACGAGGACAGCUGGUGAGUGACAUGCUUGUGUUGAGGGGUCUCCAGUCUGUACAGCCGUGUCUGUGUCAUCAGUUCGGAGUGGUAAUUGUCUGGGCACAGCUGGUAUGUACAUCAGUUGCCAUGAAAAACACAUGGCAGCAGUUCAUGAACCAGGCUUGAGGUUCCUCUCAGUUAAAUUCAGACUCAUUUCUCUGAAUUGUGAGGCAGGGGCGUCUACAGGGAGGGGUUGGGGAGGCAAGGGCCCCCUCGAAAUCUGAGAGGCCACUCCAAUCUUAGCCAUGAGUGACUAUUUGUCUUGUCAGUGGCAACAACAGGUCUCUGUACAUCAACUAUCUGUGCUUUUACAAAUCAAAGGUAAUGGUGCGUAGAAAUAACAUUUUGCAAUAUCUUGCAGUCUCAUUCUAGCUUGAAAUGCUCCCUUGCCCACCCAUACCACGGGUGAAGCAAUUGUGGCUUUUGAGGACAAAAGGUCCUGUAAAACAUGAUGUCCGGUCUUCCACUUGUCAAGUUUUUAACCAUCAAACUGUCAGUCAGUACAGGUUCUUCAGCACACAAAACAACCACUGUCUUCUUCUAAUUCAUCAGUCAACUACAUCUCAUCAGGCCACGGACAAAAAAAGAGACUUGUGUUGAUAGUUUCUCCGUUCUGUGCUACUGCAGGAACACAAUGAUGCAAAAGACUUAUUCUAGGGUAAUGUAGACAAAUCAAUUAUUUUUGAUAUUACAUGUCUACCAAGUCUGUUCUGUAAAAUGUGAGUAAUUACUAUGUACUGUACCUUUGAAAAGAGUAAACAAGAAUAAAAUGUCGGUAGGAUACUUUGAUGUCAGUGGUUUAAGGUUCAGUAAGUAUAGGUCACAGAAAUGGAAAAUUAAUUGUAAAUUAUUAUGUGUUCACACAAACUUCAUGCUGCCACCUGCGUGAAUCCUUUUAAAAAGCAAAGUGACCCUGUGUGAAAUUGGUUCUUCCCAGGUACCUAUACUUCAGACUUAGUAGUCAAAUUUCUUCAUUUAAUCCCUGAUUUAUAUGCUUGAAGUAAGAAUUCUGGCAAGUAAGUCAUUAUUCCUGAUUCAAAGUCUAAAAUUUUAGAUGAAAGUUCAGUCCUCAGCUUAAAGUCCAAAUAAAAAAUCCUGUCUGAUACAUUUUCUGUGUGUGGCCUUAAUCCUCUUCUGUUAAUAACAAAUACAUAAAGUCGAGGGAUUAAAUUAAAAAGGGCAACCACAACCACAGUGCAGAAGCCAUGGACUGAAACUUAAGCUCAUUAUACAUACCCUUUUUACAUGACAGACUUUUUCAGGCAGCUCUUUUACUCUGCCUAAGUUACAAAAAAGUUUCAUGAGGAAAACAGAAGUUUUCUUCUGUCUUUAUACAAGCUCAUCAUCUUAUUAUGAACAUUUUUAAUGUAAAAAAGGUGAACAUAUUUCCAAUUCCUUGUUCCAAAAGUUCACCCAUUUGACCGAUGUAGUCCCUUAAUAUUUCUUUAUAUUUGUUUGGGCAUUUAGAAAAAAUCCCAUUGACUUCAGCUCAUACUUGCUCUUUCUAAUUUCAAACAACCUUUGAGUUCAUUUAGGAUGGAGGAAGGAGUCUCACUGCCUGAGUGAUGUUGGUUGGCAGGUCAUGUGGGCGAUGCCAAGCCUCUUCUCGGACUGCAUGAUCGUAACAGACAUGCUUUGUCAUAGCAAAUCUCCAUCUAUUAUGUCAUACUUUCCUUACAGACUUGCCAGCAGGCCUUUAAAGCUCAAACCCUCAGCUGUCGGGACCCUGUAUCCCCCGAUCAUCUGUUGAACCGUUUUGCUCUUGUGAUGUGGCAGAAUAACUUGGCUUGUCCUGGCAGUCAUGGCAGUAGAUCAGUGUGUGCAGUGAAAACUGAAAGUACUGCCCAGCAGUCAUGUGGGAGAGGUAGCCAUGGUUAUACUCCUGCUCUAAAUUCCCAUUAGCACAACAGUUGGCAAGCAUCCACAAAGGCUCUGCGGCACAAAGUGAGAAAAAGAUGUUUAAAAUCCUCUCGUCAUGUAGGAAUUGAUGCUGUGUCAGUGUCAACAAGCAGGCGCAGCAAACAAUGCCCAUCAAUAAUAGGAGCUAGUCAUGUGGAGUUUCUUGAGGACAGGGAUGACAUCAUGGUGCUCUCUUUGUUAUCAAAAUCAUCCUGACAGGCCACAUGUUCAACAUACUCCCGUUUUUAAUCCCUUCCAGCACAUUGUGUUGGUAUUAUGUCCUCCAAAUGCUGAGCAGUUAAGUUUUUUAGGGUUAGGUGGCUUUGCAUAGACACACUGUUGAAGUGUAAUCCCUGAAACUCCAGAGUAUGAUUGGAUUUAUGUUGCUGUCUAAAUCUCUCUCUCUCAUCCCAACCCAAGGAAAUCCCUCGACAAGGCAGAGUCACACACACUGAGGGGAGUCACACGGGGGGAUGUCAGACAUGUAGACUUGCUUAUUGGUCUUACAGAGGAGGAAAACUGGGUUGUUACUUUUGAAGAGACAACUACUGACUGGACAUAAAGAUAAUUAUGGGACUCCGUAGAUAUGGCCUCUUUUUAUGUCCCGCAGGAGGGGUUGGAUAAUUGGUUGUUUCCAGGAUAAUAACUCUAUAAUAAGCAACAUUAGGGCGUAUCUCCUGCUGCACCUCAAUAAUUUGAGUUUCUAGAGUUUCUUCAAACAAAGGUAGUUAAUACUUGAUUGGGAGCCAGCUCAUAGAAGCGUCUCCCGACAUUCGCUUGCAGCAGUGAGGCUGUUCCAGCUAUUGAGCCUUCCACAUCAGACUACUUUCAGGCAAUGCUCACUCAUGCUCAGCAGAGCUAGUCUCAUUAUGCCCUGGCUGUUUGUCAGCCCUCUGGAUCAGAUUGAUAUCUGGGAUUACCGUGUAGUGCAGAGCUCCCGCCAGCUUCUGUCACAGACUCCUGUAAUCCCUGAAUUAGCUUUAAACUGGAUUUAAAAAGCUGCUGCAGCGCUCUACCUUUCAAUAGGUACUUGUCACACACGGCUAGUGCUGCAUGUGGACAUGACAGGAAUCAUUGUUACAGAGCUUGGAGUUCGUAUAGAAAGUGUCAACACUAAAUGUACUGUAAACCAUUUUGAAUAUGAAUGACGGUGUUUGUAAACACUAAAAAAGGGCAGUCCCAGAUUUCCAGCUUGAAUUUUCUGCACAUGCUGCCUUUGCCUCUCAUGUUUGUGCUUUUAUCAUGAAAGACUUCCACAAUGACUGCAAGAGAGCCGACAGCUGCUGAUUCAGAUUUCUCAUCUGGGUAGUCAUUUUUUUUCUUUUUCUUCUCUUAAAGGCAGACAACAAACCCAAAUUUGAAUCGAACAAAUAAAUAAAUAAAAGUAGUGUCCCCUGUGGUUAGUUUGUGCUUUAUUUUAUUUUGUCAGCUGCAAAUCUGUCAUCGCAUGAGAUUCGUUUUACCUUUACCACAAGCUCCAAAUUAAAAGUGAAUAAUCAAUGUAUUAUAUUGUCAUCAUAAAUAGAUACAAAACCAGAGUGUUUGUUUGCCAAAUGCUAGAUUUGAAACCUUUUUGUACAAGACUUAAAACAGGAUUCCUUGAUGAGUUUGAAAAGGUCCUGAAUAAAGGGUGCCAGUUUGGCUCAGAUGGCAGAGCUGUGCCCCAUAUUUCAGAAUUUGGAUGUACAGCAUACUUAUUACAAAUGCCACACCACACCUGUGUCCAUUGCAGUUUGUUCUGCUGUGCAUUGUGCAAACAUGGUGUCAACUCUGGUCUGUUUGGACCCUAAAAACUCUUAGAUUUGAUGUGAGAAAUGUGCAGCAGCCCAUUAAAAUGCAGAAAAACAAUGCUGUGGGUGAUUUAAAAAUGACUUGAAUUCCUCUAAAUGUUUAAUAUUGUUGAUUUUCAAAAUCUGAAAUCACCCCUACUGAUUCCUUGUAUUAAAAAUGUACAGUUAAAUUUUAUUUACAUUCCAGCUAUUUCUGCCAUACUAUCAGUAAUCUGUAAAUCUUUGCCUUUACAGUUGGUGCUGAUCAAAAAAUCCUGAAUACAUGGGCUCUUUGUCAAAGUAUUAGCAGGGUUUGACACUUUCAGUCAAUACAACUGACUAAGCACUGAACCUGAUGACUUUUGGGCCGUUGACAGAUUCAUUCUGAAAGUUUGCUGCAGCAGCAGGAGCUGUGAGUUUCAUCUCCUAAUUGCUUUAGCACCGAUUUGGGGUAAGAGAAAUAACGCAGGAAGAUAAUAGAUGCAUGACAAAUUGGAGGAAACCCUGAUUACUUGACUUUCAUGGUGAAGAAAUCUGGUUGCUUUGUCAUGCUGUGGAGGGCACUUUGCUCAUGAGGUUUGAAAAGGGUCACUGCAAAUCAAAACAGUUGUUGUAAGUCAGUGCACAGACCAGUAAGCCCCUCCAAAAUAAUGGUAUUAGGUAAGGUGUGAUGUAAUAAAAACACACCAAUGGUGUGGGACAACCAGAGAGUGCAAUGCAGGACAAAACUUAUGUUUUUUUUUUCACCAGUAGUGUGUGUUUACUUUUACAUUGCAUUUGUAUGGGAAGGUCGCUCAGUAUCAGCCAAUACCCAAGCCAAGGUUAAACAACUAUAUCUCACAAAUAAAGGAAAAUAUAUCCUAAAAUCAAGGGUUGAUCACCUUUUCCCUAUAGAGAAGAGAUUGAUCGCUCUAUAGCAGUGGUUUACAAGUCCAGUCUUCGAGGCCCACUGUCCUGCAUGUUUUGGAUGUUUCCCUGCCCCAACACACCUGAUCAAAUGAUCAGCUCGUUAUUAAGCUAUUACAGAGCUUGAUAACGAGCUAAUCAUUUGAAUCAGGUGUGUUGGAGCAGGGGAACGUCCAAAACAUGCAGGGCAGUGGGCCUUGCAGAUUGGAUUUGAGAACCACUGCUCUAUAGGAUAUAAGUGGUUAAAGGUGUAUGAAAAUAUGAUGUGAAACAUACACUAUCUGCUGUUGCAGUCACUUGAUCUCAAACCCUUCACAGACCUGAGGGAGAUUUUGGAACCACAAGGAGUGAUUUUAGUGGAAGGUCUGUGCAAGUCCCUUCAGUGGCAGGUUUCAGCCACAUACAUAACUAUACAACUUUACAUCAGUUUAUGUUUACAAGUCUAAAAGUAUUCUGGAAGUCACCUCUAUGCAUGUUUAAAACUGGCAGCGUUAUUAGCUGCAUCUUGAAUUAUUAAUAUACCAAAUAGAAUAUUCAAAAGGAGUAAGAUCUGAAUUAAAUCAAAUAGUAAUUUUCUAAGUCAACAAGCACAGUCAGGUAAAAAUAUUUCCUCCUAGAGACUAGGCUGUCCUUGUUGUUGCAGUACUCUGUUAUGAAAUCCAGCACAUACACUUGUUAUCCCCUCAAUCUCAUUUCCUCUCAGCGCAGCCGGGUCACAUCACAUAUGAGGCGUGAUGGAUAUGAGCUGUCGAAGUCGGUCAUCAUUAGUGACAGUCCUUGUUUGUCUGAUUAUUGCUUGUAUUUCCUCUAUGAACAUGCAGUGUGUGACAUUGAUUGUGUAUGCUGUCCAUGUUUUCCCAGGCUCUACGAGGCGAAGCUGAACAGCCCCCUGCAGAAAACCUUGAGUCCUAUUGUGUGGUGCCGCCAAGCUCUGGACAACCCGAGUCCUGAGAUGGAGUCAGCCAAGCGCUCCCUCAUCCACCGACUGGAUCUCACCCUGUCAGGUAGACACCAGCAGUGAACACAUUAACUUAGAGGAAGCAGGAAAAACACGAUUAAAAACAGGAACAACAGAAGUAGUAAACUAGCUUUAUUUGGAUGUUUGGGGUUUUCUUCAAAAGAAAAAUAAUACUGUACUAUAAGUAAAACAAAGACUUUGUUCUGGUUCUUUUUCAAGGAUUCUUAUCUACCUGUAUCUUCAUCUCAGAACUGAGAGCGUGUAGAUUUGUAAAUGGUAAAUCUAAUUGCAAAUGCUCUCUAGUCAGUGGAGCUCUUUAUUUUCAUUACAAAGGCAAUUCUAGUUGACAUUUAGGCUUCAUGUUGUAAGAUAAGCAUCAGUUCACAGUAAAACAAUGUAGUUGUGCACUCCUGUACAACACAAAGGAAUGUAUGUGUGAUUUAGUGCUCAUGUACUUGCACAGCAGCGAUAGGGACAAAUGUUUUACAGAAGCAAAAGAAGAACUUUAUUGAUCCCCGAAGGGAAAUUUAAUGUUAAUUCAAGCAAUCAACACCAGACUAACAUGCUCCUUACAAAUAUUUUUGAGCAGUUUGUCAAUGACUUAAAACAUCAUUUUUUAACACCUCACUAGAAGGGAGGACUAUUCUUCUAGAUAUUGAAAUUUUGCAUGUUUAAAUUUCAUAAAGCCCCCAAUAAGAUUCUUGUCUGAAAAUAUUACAAAUGCAAAUUAAAUAAACCAUUAUGGCCUCAGGUGACUUAACGUCAAGACGAAAUUGAGGUGCCUGGCUCAGCCUAGGUUAAAAAAAAAUGUUGACUUGUUUGUCUUCUGAGAGCCUGAAUGCAAAUAAAAUAGCAACAGGCCAAGUGGAUGCAGUGUCUUCUUUAUGUCGGGAAAGUGUGACUGUCACACCUGUUAGGUCAGAAGUUUGAGCGUCAACCUCUCCUUCCAUUCCCGUAACCCCUCUUUGUAUGCUGUCACAUAAAAAUGCUCUCAGGUUCAAGCUGGUGUCCACAGAUGGUCACAUGCAUAUAAUGAAUAAUGGCAGCCAUAGUCAAGUGUUUAGUGUCCACAGGCAGAUAGUCAAUGGAUGAUGCCUGCUGCAUGGAAAUACAAUGGAAAAGUAGCAUCCCUAAACUUGUGCGAAGAAUCUUUAGAGUUAUUCAUACUGUCUCAUCACUUGAAGAUACAGUAAAUAGUGUUGAGUCGAAAAGGACUGAGGCAGUGGGAGAGUUUGUUAAUAACUGCAGAAAUAAUCCUUCUAAUUAUAGCUACCACUCUACUGACAAAGAGCUUUCAUUAUUGGAAUUGAGGCCCUGUAAUCUUCAUACAAUUAUCAGAUAUCGAUUCUCAAAGCAGCAGAAAACGUUGAAUAAAUGACCUCAUGUUGUAAUCAUUUAUUUCUCCAGCUGCUUGUGCUGUGACUACACUCUUGCAAACAAGGUGCAGGGGGUGUAUCAUUAAUCACACACUUUCCCUUGUGUAGUCAAGCUUCCCCUAUUUUGUGGGAAGAUAUACCACAUACAUCUAUAAGUCUGCACUUUUAUGCAUGCUGUAGUUUUAUGAUCAGACAUGUACAAGGUGACAUAUUUACUGUACGUUAACUGCAAGUCAAAUUGGAGUUUCAAGUUAGUGGAAGCACUGAGGGGGGUUGUGAGAAUUUGUGUGAGUUUUUGGAGUCUCCUCCUUUUUACAUAGAGUCCUGAGUGUUCAGGAAUAAAUUAUUUGUUUGAUACUCGGAGCUGUGCACAUGUUUUGUCGUACCUGUGUGAAAAAUCAUGCUUGAUUAUACAUCAUCAUCAUGGAGUGCACAAAGUAUUUAUUGCGUUGUUCCAUGUGGUCUGUGCUUUGGGCAUGACAAGCUCACUUCUUCAUUCUUACAUCUGGGAAUUUCAGUUUCUUCUCUUUUUAAACCUCAAAAGUUCAAUGUAUACAGAGAUAAUGGUGCUAUAGAGCUGCAUAGUAUAAAAUAUAUUAAUCUUUUGAUAAGUGGGAUUGAUCCUCUCAUCUGUUUGAUGUAUAUCACAGAUUUUUAUGUUGUGGUCAAGAUCACAAACACAAAAAUGUGACAUGUCCAAGCAAAAUAAUGUUUUUUUUCCCCCGCUUUGCUUCUUUGUUGGGGAAAAAAGACUUCUUUUCUUAUGAUUUAAAUAUUGUACUUGAUCAGUGAUUUUUUUUUUCAAGCUGAGCAGCCCAGGUCUCAGCUGUCUUAAAUAGUUUUAUGCUUUUUAGAUUAGAUUCGAUAUUAGAUUAGAUAUUGCUUUAUUUAUCCCUCAAUGGUGAAAUUAAAAACGUUGACAGCAGCAGUACACACAACAUUCACAUUCACUCAUACCGGGUACAAAAAACAAAUAAAUAAAGAUAAAAGAACUAGUGCAAAGUAGAAAGAGCGGUGCAAGAAAAGAACAGUAUAAAAGACUAGUGUAACAAAAUAUAUAAAAAAGUAUAAAAAGAAUGUUUAAUAAUUAUAUAGAGAGUAACAUACAAAAAUAACCUACAAGGACAUUGACUCUGCUAGACUUUAAUCUCUUUGUACAAACAUUUAACAAGAAGUCCUACUCAAAUAGGUGCAAGCUUACAUUAGACAGUUAACUGAUGUACACAAGCCUGUUUUAGGCAGUAGUGCAAUGGUGAAGAGUGCGGAAGAAUGCUGAGUGAUCAAGACACUUGUGUUCCUGGGACAUCAUGAAUGUCACAGUUGUGACGCACCUCUAAAGUGGAUGAAAGUGUGUCAGAAGGUGUCUGCUUGUUUUGUAAGGGUGAGAUCUCACUUCAACAUGUACCUGGUCUUCCUUUGCUCAAGCAAAUUCUUCUACUAGGUUUUGUGGACAACUGUGUUUCAGAUUAAAAAAAGAGUUUGUUUUCUGUGAAGUUUAAAUGUAUUUUUAAAUCAUAAUGCAGUCAUAUAGUUUUGGGGAUAAAUCAGUUUGACUUCACUGCUCACAUAUUUGGCAAAAGUCACCAAAAUAUGACCACUUUGAAGAAAGGUGUCAUUGAGUGUUGAUUCCCAGUAUAUAACCCUGGUUUUCUUCUUUUUUAUCCAUUGUGCUCAGUCUCUGUCUGUUAUCUGAGCUUUGGCCUGCCACUAAUUAUAGUCAGUCCCUGAGUGAGGGGGACGGCCUCAAAUCCUCACAGCUAAACUGAGACGGGUCAUUUCCAUUCUAACAGUGGUAUGCCCAUGUGACAGAUCGAGUUGAGCAACGGGCCGCUGAAGGUUGUCGCUGGGUCGGUUGUGAUCAUCUCAGCUAUAUUGUGCAAUUUUGUAGAAGGGCAACUGGACGAAUGAAAUUUAAGAAGGAUGAGAUCUGAUUAUGAGGACGUCCAAUUUUGAGUGUGGACCUUUUGUUGAUCCCCACAGGAGAAAGCAGAGGGGUUCUGGUUGUGGAGUAGUUGGAGGUUCAUCAUUUAACUGUUGAUAAAUCUGAUAAGUUCCUGGUCUUAUUUCUGUGGGAAAAAGUCCUGAAAUCUUUGUAAACAUUGCCUGAGGUGACCCUUUGCGAACAAAAGCAGGCCACCAGUCAUGUUCUCCAAUGGCACAAAUGACCCGGCCCUCUGCUGGGAUCAUACAUGAUGGUGGUGAUAUCAUCACUGUAGGUGUGGUAGAAGGACCAUAACGUCAUCCUCUCAGAGCCCGAAAAUAUCCUCCUGUCACUGACACCACCCUGCCUGCUCCCUGCACCUCUCUCCUCAGUUGGCAUUGAUGUUGAGUCACCACUUACACAAAAAGACAGCGACAAAACCUAUCUGUGAGUCGUUUGAUUUUCUGGGUAUGAGGUUGAAACAUCUAAACUAUUUAAAUCUAACUUCAAGGAUUUGUUAGUGCCACAGAUUUCUUUACAAAUUGGGUUUCUAUUAGAAUGAAGCUUUUUUUUUUCCUUCACAUAACAAGACUACAUUCUUAGAGACUUACCACAGACACACCCUCAUGGCCCUUGGCUACUCUCUUUCACACCCUUUUGAACACACUGGCAUGGAAAUCCUGUUGCCAUGGUGUCUCUUAAGUUUGUGUCAAAGGAAUCUGCCAAGAACACAAAUCCUGACUUCAGUCGUGGCAGAUUUUAGUCAGGGUAAGUAGGGUCAUUGAAAUGCCAUGACAAAAGAAUCAAUGUACAAAAAAGUAAGACAGAACACUUGGAAAUAAGCUCUCUCAGUUGUUUCCAUUUUUUGUUUAUUCAGCCAGGUCAAGUCAAAUUUAAUUAUCUUGCACUUUUACAAACAACUCACUGGGACCAAAAUGACUUACAAACUUAGAAAGCAAUAAAAUUGAAGUAAAAGCAUAAGACACAAUAAUAUAUGAUUUAACAAAUGAAAUCUGAACAGUCUAAUUAUCUAGAACUGCUGGACCAUCUAUGAUAAAUACUUACAAUUAAACUUAACUCUUCAACAGUUAUUUUUACAUUUAUAUCCAUACUGCAUAUGUUCUAAUUUUAUCUAUAAAUACCACAAUUUCAUAAAUCUCUGCUGUACAAUUGUAGUUUAUUUAUUUAAAAUUGGAGAAUAACUUUUUAUAAUAAUCUGUGAGUGAGAGCAUGAUGAGUGUACUUAUUCUUGUAUGGUUGCUGUGCUUAUCCUUUGCUGUUGUGACACUGCAAAUUUCCCACAGUGGGGUGAAUAAAGGUUUAUCUUAUCUUAACUUAUCUCUACUGAAGCCAGUGGAUUAAACAUAUUGAAGUUUUCCCCUAUCUCUAGGUUGUGAUUUCGACCACAUCAAUUUAGCAUUUAUUUGAAUAAUAAAUCUGAAAGUCAAAAGCAUAAAGUACAUUUUAUUGCAUUCAUUUGAUACUCAAAUUAAGACACCAGCAAGAGUUGCUUUACACUAGAAAGUUUUAUGAAGUAAUGUUAUUGUAAGCAUACAACUGUAAACGCAGUUAACAGCCAGUAACUUAAAAACUCUGCAAUUAAUCACUGUUCAUAACAUUGGCAACUUGACAGUCCUCAGUUUGACAUGCAUUUACUCUUUAUUCCCUGAUUUUGCCAAAGUUUUAAUUCUUUGUGAAAGUGUCUUCAGAUGUCUGUUCCACCUAGUGCCGCAGGUUCACUGAUUUACAAGGAGACUCUGUUUUGUAAAGAUGAACUUCAAGUGUCAAUAGUGACCAAUCCUUUUGUCAGAGCACUCCCUGUUAAAUUCAUAUCCCCAGAUGACGCGCUUUGGUUAUAUAACUAACAGCGGGGAGGAGUCGGCAGAGUCGGAGUUGAGUCAGACAGAACUACUUUCUUCAUGCCAGACAAGCCUGAUAUACUGACUCAACACGUGUUUCCAGAACUGGACAGUUUUUCCAGUUUUGCUUUGACAGCUGUUCCUUAUACGAGACCCAAGAGAUCCUGGUCAAAGUCACAUGACUGACCAGCAGACAUGAAGCUGUACAGUUUAUUCUUCUACUUCUUGCAGGUCUCCACCAGUGUGUUACCUUCUCUCUUAUUUACUGAAGCUUCUCUGUUUGCUCUUCUCUUGUGAUUUGCCUGAAGCUGUUGAGGCCUUUCUUUCUUUUCUUUAUAUCAAUGCAGAGUCUUGUCUUUCAUUUCCUUCUCUGCGCUCACACCCUACAGGCUUUUCUUUAAUAUCAGGCUUCUGUGUCCUGGCUUCCUUUUGGGCAUUUUUUCCUUUUGCAUGCUGAAACUGCCCUGAAGUUUCCAGAGCUGAAAAGCCAAAGCGGAAAAUCCUCUUACAAUCUCAAAUUACAGUUAUCAAUGGUAUCCAUCUCAGCGAGAAGACAAGAAGGAAAUGAUCUCUCCCUCUGACUUCCAGCCUUGUUUUAGGACACUUGGAUUUGAGGACACUCUAUUUUGGUUGGUCCCUGUGCUGCAGAGCCCUUUUAAAUCAAGUAGGCCUCUGUCUUUCUCCAGUGACUUUGAGCUCUUGCAGUUGCUGUGAUCGGGCAUACUGGCAGCUAACUCCCCCAUUCAAAUAGUUGAACUCAGAAACCCCCAAACAGGGCUUAGAUUGGAGGCUUGUUCCCUCCCAGUGUACCCAGAUGUAUUUAGUCUCUGAGUCUAACUUGGAAAAUAAAAGUCACCCUUAGUCCAGUGAUGUCUUCUAUCUGUUGAAGUAUAAAGACAAAAGAUGUUCUCUGUUCGAGGUGUUGUUGCUCAGCUUGAAGACUUGUGAUUUGAUUUGGACUUAUGGACUGAUGACUUGCAUUUCGCUUCAGAAGAUAAAGAGAAAGACUUGGAUUUAUUCAUCACAGACUGUUUUUCUUAGUGUUUCUUUUGUUUAAGGCCCUAAUGGUUUAGUUUCCAGCCUGAGUCUUUACCAUAGACUGCACAAAGUACAGAUGUCACUCAUUUUAUUUAUAUAAGAUAAGAAGAUCUUUAAGAACUUUAUUAAUCCCCAAAGGGAAAUUCAAUUGUCUGUUGUCUCACAUAAUAUGUCUCUAAAAGUUAUCUAUUAUUUACACAAGAGUUAUAAAGUCUGAUGGCUGUUGGUACAAAAGAUCAUCUGAAUUUUUCUGUCCUGCAGCGAAGAGAGAGGGGCCAUCCACCACCAUUGGCCCUUUGGUCCAUCAAGGUGUUGUGAAGUGGGUGAUCCAUGUUCUUGAGAAUAGUCUCCACCUUCCUCAGUGUAGAUCUCUCCACCACAUCCUCCAUUGAGUCCAGCUUGAGUCCUACCACAGAGCCAGCCUUUUUCACCAGUUUGUUAAGACGUAUAUAUAUAGUAUUUAUAUAUAUAUAUAUAUAUAUAUAUAUAUAUAUAUAUAUAUAGUAUCUUGAAGCAUACCUACGUCAAACACCACCAUGCUGACUCAACCUCACCUUCAGUCAACCUGCUGAAAAUCAUCAGCAGGUUGACUCUGCAAACAGCUACAGUGAAGCUGCCUGUCAGUCAAGCCAGCUUUCAGCGGCGUUUCGCAGCUCAAAGAAAAGCAUUUAUGAUCAUUACUUCAUGGAAAUGCAAUCAGUGUUCUUGUGUAUCUUGUAUGUGCACCACUAGACGCAGUAGUUCUCCUGCCCUAUCGUCUUAGUCUGAUUCCAUUUCCAUGAAGUAAUGAUCAUAAAUUUUCCACUGCACUCGGUGAUCGACUAAUAAGGGCUUCCCCCACAAAUGAAUGGCUGCUGAAAGAGAGUGGGUGAGUUGUGUUUGGUCUCUUUGCUAAAGAAAUCAGGCAAAGCUAAAAAGAUGUUUGGUGGCUAGUGCUAUGGCCCGGACCCUUUGUACUGUUGAUGAAGUUAGGUGCUGUUCUGAGCAUUAUUUGUGGCUAUAGAGUGGCUUUUUGGUUGAGGUUUGUGUGUGGAGAUGUAGACUGCUGUGUUUUGCUAUUGCGCAGUCGUUACUAAAGUUGGUAUAACUAGAGAAGCAAGCAGUCAGCAACAUUCAUCUUUCGAGGGGGUGUCUAACUCGGUGUCGUAGUCUGUUCGACCAUAACUUAAAUUGAUGCUGGAAUAUCCCUUAAAGAUAGAGCAGUCAUCUUUGCAUCCUUUCAAAUUAAAAGCACACUUGAAGUCAACAGGGGAAAUGUAGCGACCUGCAAGUAAGAAGGUACUUACUCUAAAACAGCUACUCUAAAAGACUGUUUAUAAAAUUAAAAUAAGGUAAUCUAUUCUCUUAAAGGCAGUGUGAGGAGUUUUUAAUUGAGUGUGAAACAUUCUGAAACUAAUUCUGAUGCCUCUCUCUGACCUUCAAAACCAAAAAAAGACCAUCAGCGACCAGUCUGAUGAGUUCACUGAGGUGAUUUUUAAUGCCGAAAAACACUGAGGGGGUGAGUGUCAGACCGGAUAAUGAACAGCAGUCUGAAAAACAGCUUUUUUAAACAGCAAAUACCCAGAGUAAAUGAUAAAUGUCUUUGUUUAAAGAUAACAGGAUGUGGUUUUUGCCUGGAAACAACUUUCACAUGAACAGAACAAUGGACAAGAGGUAUCACUGUGUCAACAGGAGGCGCCAAAAUCAACAGAAUCUGAAAGUUUCUCACAGCAGCUUUAAGCUAGCACAUGAAAUUCGUUUCCUUUACCUUUAAGAAAGUAUUCUGAAACCCAAAAGAUGAAUCAUAUGAAGUUGUUAGAGUGUCCCUGUUACAACCAUGCUGUUCAUUAACGUCAGUAAUCUGCCAUGGCUGCGUAACCCUAUUAUUUCUCCUUAUAUGGACUCCAUCCUGUUUUGAAUACAAAUGUCUAAUGUUCCCAUUGACACCAGUGCUGUUGUGACUGCUAUGAGUUGGUGACACCAGUAUAGACCUCAUAUCUUUCAACAUACAGCAGUAGUAUUGAUUCGCCUUAUAGAUCUAAGCUUAGCCAUGCCAUGCCAACAGAAACAUUUUCCACAUUGGCUUGUGAGUGUCCUCCUCUUCAUCGUGCGCAGACACCAGAAAUGAUAUGUGCUGGUCUCAGAUAUCUAAUUGUUUGUCAGCUAAGUGUUGAUGUAUAUUUUUAGCUACGGGAGAACACAGUGGAUCUUGACAGGUUCAGAAGAAGCUGUCUACUUUGCUGUCAGUUUAAUCUUCAGUCUGAUGUUGGAGCUCAUUGUUUUAAUGUCUUGAUUUGACUUUUCCUGAAAAGAGAAACAAAGCAUUAAUUGUAUUGAACUGCACAGUGUCACAGAUCUACAUGUUGCCAUGUUGUUGACAUUCCUCAGCAGAUGAUCCAUGUGGAUUACAGCACAGUUGACAUGAUGGUAUUUCCUAAAUAAUGCAGAAGGAUAGAGUGCAGAGCAGGGAGAAUGGAGAAAGAGUGGAAGGAAGUGAGAGGAGGAGCUGAUCUUAAAAGGCUCCUUUCCAGUUUCCACCAUCCAGCUGAGUAAACAAACAGACAGAGAGAGAAAGAGGCAGAGGUAGAGAUCCAUAAACAAGCGGACAACCAGUCCAUCUCAGUGACCAGCAGCACAUCCAGAGUCAGAUCUCAUGACUGAGAAAAGUGAGCGUAGACAGGAGUUUCUGACUGAUGCUUCCAGAGAUUCACAGAGAAUAGCUUUGUGCUCUGUGUGUGCAUGGACUGAAUGGUGUGUAUUGUUCGGUGAUGAUGUAGGAACUGACUCUCUAUCAGGCCCACUCUCAGCAUAUGGUGUAAGAGACUCUACCAGACUACCAGCACACUGUACAGCUUUCAUGGAGGUCAGGGCUUUGAGCACAUGCUGUCUGCGUCGUCUUCUAGUACUGACCUUUGCUUGUCUGCCAACCCUUACAUGUUUAUUCCACCAAGAGUCAUUAUUAGUCAUUAUUCUCAAUCAAGAGAACGUUUUGAAUGGUUGUUUUUUUUAAGGGAUAAACUUUAGAUCUUUAGAGGUCACAGGAAAACCAAAGAGAAGAUGUAGUUUCAUGCAUUGCUACAAUCUUCACAGAGAACCACAAGAGUGUUUUGCAUCAUCAGAUUUCACAGAUUUUUUUUCACUUGCUGACUUGUUGGACAAAGAAUCCCAUUAUGGUGCAGAUAUUUUUUUAUCAUCCCCGCAUCUCUGUGUUUUGCUUCACGUGAACAAGAAAAUAUCACAGUGAUCUCUAAUGAAGCAGAAAGGAGUAAGGGUUACUAGAAGUAUCUGUGCAAUAAGCAAUAAUGGGAAACAUUUACUGUGAGUAUUACUGUAUUACUGUGCUGUAAAUGAACAAGGUAACCACCUGUCACUUUGAAGAGCACAAUCUGAGCAGAGCCGCAGAUGUCUCAAAGUCUAUAGCCUUCUUCCUCUGGGUUGGGGUCUCAGGAGGCAGGGAAAGACAUAGAAAGAAAGAUGCAACCUAAUGUUAACAACAUAUCCAAGAUUGGAAAAAUAAGGCAGAGUCCAAUGAUAGUUUUUAAUGCAGGUCAAUGCUACCUGUAAUACGGCGUAUUUAUAGUCCCAAUGUACUUGCAGAAGAGAGCAUGAUCAUGUGCAGAAAAGACUAUUAAACAGCUGAAGUGCAUGAAAAAUUCAGGGAAAUUAGUGUAGAGUUUUUCAAAAUUUCCAGAGUAUUCAAGAACUUUUAGGAGUGUUGUGCAAACGUGAAAACAGCAUGUAGUUGGUUUUAUAUCAGUCUUUGUGAUACUGCAAGACAAAAUAAGAUUCACUGCCUCAUUCGAAUCAUCCUAUAAUUUUUGUACAAAGCUUCAAUGACAAUGAGGUUGUGCUUUGCUUGUUUGAAGUAGUAGUGUCAGUUUUUUAACAGCUGGCUGAUGUCCGAUAUUCUUAAUAUUGCCGAUGUUGCAUUGUUAUUGUUUUUCUUUCUUCCCUGUAUGUCAAUUAAAUUUUCCUAAAAAAGUGUCGUUAAGUUGCCGAACUUGACUGACAUUUUUUAUUGAAUAAAUGUAGACAGAAAAAUAAAUGGUUCAUUAAAAUAUCCCCAGAACAGACUUUUAGAUUUCUGUGCGACUAUCUGAAACUAUUAAAAAAGAAAAAAAAGACAUAAUAUAUUACCAUUAUUUCUUGCACAUUAAAAUCUGAUAUACAUGGUAUCUUAGCAAGUUUGAUAUAGACUUUGAGUGAUGUAAAAGAAAAAUAGAAAAGACUAUGUGACAUUUCAGAAAAUGAAUGAAAUAUCUGUGCGGUUUAUCAGUCUAUCUCUAGUUUGAAUCAGAAACAAUGUCAGUAAAUGAUGAGAUAUUUGAAGUGCUGGCCCCACAGCUGAAGAGUAACCUGAUUUAGAAUAAGAAUGCUCUGAUAGACAUUCAAGUAUUACCUCGACUAGUUAUUGUUUCCUUCUUUUAUCUGGACUGGGUGAGUGCUAAUUUGUUUUCUUUUUAUUGUGCAGCCAACAAGCGCCGAAGUUUGUAUGGAAGCCCCUACAACCAGCAAAGUUAUGGAAGCCCCUACAGCACAAACGCAGCCAACAGCCCCUAUAGCAGUGGCUUCAACUCCCCCUCCUCAACCCCCGGCAGAGUGCCCAUUGUCAGACAGCAAUUAAUGCCUGGGAACGCAGGUAUGGGUCUCUCUGUAGCUUUAAAGUUAAAAUUUUUUCUCUUGUCGAGUGUGUGAAGUAUAAAAUGAACGAUUUCCUUCCCAGCGCACCAGCGAAACUCAACAGCAGAGAGGAAUCCUCCUGCUGUGAGCCCUCAAUCAUCCGUGGACAGUGAGCUGAGCACCUCAGAGAUGGACGAGGACUCAGUGGGCUCCUCAACUACCUACAAACUUAACGAUGUCACUGACGUCCAGAUACUCGCACGCAUGCAAGAAGAGAGUAUGUACCUACUAAAGCAUCUAUUAACAAGUGUUUUAUAACCAUGCAGUGUUUGAUAGAAAUGUAACUGUAUUUGUAACCGUGUUUGUCAGGUCUCAGACAAGAUUACGCUGCAACAGCCUCCAGAAGAAGCUCAGGCUCCUCCUGUCACUCACUGCGGCGCAGCACCUUCAGUGACCAGGAGUUAGACGCCCAAAGCCUAGAGGACGAAGAGGAGGCGGUGCACCCGGCCUUCCACCUGCCCUCGAACCGCUUCAGCCCCUCCCCUCGACACUCUCCCCGCGCCUCCCCCAGGAAUUCCCCUCGUUCGCGCUCACCUGCCCGCUCUAUCGACUACAGCCACAGCCGCGGCUCGCCUCAGCCCAUCAUGAGCCGCCUGCAGCAGCCUCGCCACUCGCUGCAGGGACACGGGCACGACCUGCAGACCAAUGUGGUGAAGAAUGAAGGUAAACACAGCUGUACAGAUCAUUAUAAUCAUCAACAAUACUGUUUUUGUAAAGCCCUUUAAUUCUUACAUGAAGUUCUGAAAAAAAAACAAAGAAAUUAAAUCGAACGAGGAAGACAGAAUGAGUCAAACAAGGUAACAGUGCAGAGGAAGUUGAGGUCACGAGAUGGAAAAGAAAGCUUCUCAGUUUAAAGGAAGUUUGAAGCAAACAUGAGAAAGUUGAAUAAAUGACUUUCUAUCAAUAAUCAUGAACUGCAAACUGUCUGUAACCAGCAGACCUCGUCUUAAACUCCCAGUAGUCAGUGAGGGAAAUAAACUCAGAACUCUUCAAAUAACAAAAAUCUAAAGAGUCUUGUCUUGUUUACAGGAACUGCCGGUAGAGAUAAAUGAUUGCAAAAUGCACAGAAGCGUAGCUUUUCAAAACUCUGACUGAGGAUAGGGGCCUCAAUAAGGAAGAAAAUAUUAAGAUUGAGAUAACAAAGUCCUGAAUUUCUGAAUGAAGCUGAAUUUUUUGAGAACCAAGACUUUAGAGUCAAAAGUCACGUUUACUUCAGGAUAUUGGAAAAAGAGCAGCCAGAUGCCUGCAUCUAAUGGAGGAACUUUAUGCAUUUGUAGUUUCACAAACAGCCAAAUACUUCUAUUAGCUUGUUGGAAAUACAUAGCCACAUAUAUUCGGACUCUGAGGAGAAGGCUGUACAAAAAACUGAAUCUAUCUCAAGGAAAGGUCAGAUAUGCAGCCUGAGCAUACUUCUGCAACUCCUCUCCACUGUUGUGUUGAACUUGACAAGAUGAAUUAGGUUCCUUAUUUCUGUUAUUCAUUGGACGGCCUCUCUAAUAUUUCCAUAUGAUAAGACAUACAGAUGAACCACAGACUGUAAUUAUAACUUUUUUCACACAUAUUUAUUGUCAUUAUUAUCAUCAUUUAUCAUCAUGUAGGGGUUAUUUGAUCAGGUGUUUUUAGUCUCUGUAAUGACCUGAGCGAGCUGAUCAUUUUAAACUGUCUGUUUUUUUAAUUCCUGCUGUUACAGAAAAGCUGCGCCGUAGUCUUCCUAACCUCACGCGUUCCUCUGCAGCUGCACCUCAGGGCCCAGAGCCCGUCAAGAACAGCCGCAGCUGCGAGUCUAACCUGCAAGUGCCAAACGGUGGCUCUCCUCGACACCAGAACCAAUCUGCAAGUGAGUACUUCCUUAAACACGAAAACUCGCCUUCUUCACUUUGAAAGAAAUUGCUGAGCACACAAACCCUCUAGAGGUGUUAUUGAGUCUUACACUAUCAAGAUUGUCAGUUUCACUAUGGUUGCCAUGUUGUUUUACAUCAGUGUUUGUUUUGCUCUCCUGCUGCUCUGAACCUUCAGGAACAUGACAUAUUCUGUAAUCUCUUGAUUCGUUGAGCGAGUGGGAAUUCCUCUAAUCCUUCUGGCUGCACAAACAUCACGCAGAGGACCGCGCUGCUUUGUAGUGCUAUGGCUUCGGUGUUUGGGGAUCCUCUUUGUCUUUGAUCAUUUCAGUUGUUAUAUCUUUUAUUCACACGCAUCCUUCCUCUUCUUGACGUCGAAGUCAAACUUUGGCUUCAAAGAAAGACUUUCCUCCUGCAGAACUAAAGCAUGGCACCAGCAACACUUCAGAUCCUGAGCGACUUAACAACACCAACAUUGUUUUUCAUGCUGGGUUUGAGGGUCUUAUGGUCUUUACCAGCUUAGAUUCUUACCUCUGUGAGUUAAGAGUAUCCUUUUGAUCUAAUCCUGUAAUGGCAGAUUAAGGUAGUGGUGUCGUCCUAAAUCCAAGAGCAGCUAAUCCCCCUCGGCUAGAAGAGUCAGAAAAGGGGUCAAAGGUCAAUGCAGCCGGUUAACCAUGUACUGACUGCCUUUGUCCAGUCUUAUACACACGUUAAGGAUGUUUAGCAAAUAUUUACCAUCUCUAUGAUCCACUUUAUAGAUUUAUUAUUCUUAACUCUUAAAAAUCUGAUCCCACAGUGACAGGUUGAUUUGACUUUGAGCUUUGGCUGAACUUGGCACGUGAGAUUCUUUGAAUUCUUGCUUUUCUCAUUGACUUUACUCACUGUUACGCAUGUGUUAACAGACUGAGCCUCUAUUUCUCGAUGGGUGCUCAGACACAGCUGUCCAACCUGACAGCAACACUGACACUUUGCUCUGACAACCUGCUGCUUCUCCUUUCAAAAAAAGGAGCUCUGGUGCCCCCUAGUGGCCUCUUGCUGCACUCAUUAGUCCUUUUUCUCCAUUAAGACAUUACAAAUCUGACGUCAUGGAGACCUCACGCUGAAAUGUUCCUGUUUUUCCAACAGCAGCUCAGCUCCCGAGAUACUCGACCCCUUCUCGCUCCUCCCCGAAACCCAAACAGCAGCUCCAAAAACCGACAGCCCUGCGAGGUAACGGCUUUAUCCAAACCAACCUGGAGGCUGUGAGGUCAAACUCCUGAACAGAGAAAUGCAUCAUUUAAGAUAACCAUGCAGCCUGUGUACAGAGACGUUAGAUAACUUAUACACAUGGAAAUGAAAUAGUGUCGCAACUGUGGGGACAAUCUCAGUUCGGUGAUGGUUAUCUACUUUUGUUGGUUCUUGGCAAGUUUUUACAAGAUAAAAUGGAAAUAAAUGAUGGAGCAUGUCGAAUAAAGGCAGUUCACGUUUGAAUAAGGAGGAAACUGAUUCACAUGGAAAGUGUGUUGAUGUGUCUGUAAGAAUGUCAAGUCCACCAUUUUGGCUCCGAAGUGUCAGAUGAGUUGUUGGUGCUAUUGCUGGAAUGUUUUUGACCGUCAGGACUGUCAUGGCGAUCAUUCAAAUCCGCCCACCUCCUCAAAAGUAAAGAGUGACCUUUCUUACUCGUGACCUUCUUAUCUUUAAGUCAAUCACACAGAGGAUGCCAAUAUCAUGCUGCCACACUUGCACCUUCACAUCAAGAAUCAUUUUGCAGCAUGCAUGCAAGGGCAAUACAAUAAAUCAUAGUUUCCUUAUUACUGCAAUACGAGUGUUUGUAUUGAAUAUUAGGGAUGUACUGGUUAAGAUGGCUAAGAGAGGAAAAGGUGCAACACAAGAAGUAGUAUUUGAUUGAACAAGUUUCUCACAAGGUUAAAAUGCAGGGCAAAUGCUGCGCUGAAGCUGUAGCCCCUUCCCCAUCACCAACAAGAGAGUUAGCUCCAUUUCGUGGUUACUGCCAUGUUGCUAUAAUGCUCUACUACCUGAAUGUAAAUAAGCACUGCUGACAGAUCACAUCUGGUAGUGUGUAGGCUCUGUUUGGUUCAGCUGGCAUAUAAAGCAACUCAUAUCAGCAAGCAGCCAUGUGGACUUCACCUGAAGUAGGAUAAAAGGCUGGUGGUGCUAGCUCUGCUAAUGUUUGCCACACUCAACAAAACAGGUGGAUGUCAUUAACCCACAGAGUCCAUGAUCCCAUGAUCAGCUCUUUCGUCAAUUCUGCUCAAUUUGACGGUUUUCUCAGUGUUUUUUUUUUUAACCUUUUUUUCUAGGGAUGUACUGAUUGAUAGUACAUUUUUGCUAUUUUUUUUUAACUGAUGUUGGCUGAUUCUAAUACCACUACCAAUAUAUGGACAUCUUUUAUUCAUUGAGAAGAAUGCCAAGUUUCUCUUGUACCAGAAUUUACCCAUAAGUCUUAGUGUAACAGUCUUUUUUUACAGACAAGACAGUUUGAUUUUACUGUAAAUGAUAAAUACAUUGAAACUCUUUAAAAUGUGAUAAUAUAACUGAAAGCACACAGGUGCUCUAUGAAUAUUUCUGUUUGUUUCAUCUAGAGAAGGGAUUAGAUUUACUGUGGAUUCAGCUGAGAAGUCAAGCAAAAACAUAAGUAUUAUUCAUCCCAUAUUUUCCUCAUAUUGCAGAUUCAUCCCAUUCUGAGCAGCUUUAAUGCAACUCCCUGCUUUAUUAGAGCAACACAAGCUUUAUUCCUGUUUUCAUUGCCUGAACUUUGUCUGAGCAAGCUGCAAGUGAUUAUUUUGGAUAAAAUCCUGCUCUUCCAACCGAUUCUUCCCUCUCCAUGUUACUUUUCUUUUUGAUAACAUUUAUUAUUUUUGCAGAAUCAAACAUAGGUUUAGAUUUUCAGCCAUGCGCUCUGCUGUCCAUGACAACCCUUUGUUUGUACAUCCACACUGUUUGCUGUCAAACUUGAGCCAAACUGGAGGACUACAAAUAUCGCAGACUCAACAAAAGCUACAAAAUCCUCCUGCUGAUAGAUCACUGUCCACUCACAUAAUAAAUGCUCACAUAUACUUAGGCGUAGUGAUAAACUUGUGGAGGUCCACGCCACAUCCAUGUUUAAAGUCCAACAGACCCCUGCUCAGCAGCACCCUGCUCGUCAGCUGUGAAUUAAGGCCUUUGUCUCUGUUGUCUUCGUCUUUGUCUAGUCCCCCUCUCCUGUUGCUUUGGAGAAGAAGGUGAUUUCAGUGAGUAUUCACUGAGGGUUUACACCUUUUCAGUAUUGUGAUUGUGGUUCCCUGCCGUGGUCGUAUCGAUGCCUUGCUCGCUAGUUUGUGCUUCAUGUUUGUAUCACCUCAUUCCUCAUAUUAGGCAGUUCAGGUCAUAGACUGUUCAUUUGUAUAAUAUUUACUCAGUAGUUUAUAGUCUUGCAUCCUAACAGGUAUGACUUCAUUUGUGAAUUUGUGAUAGAUGUGGUUAAAAAAAGUAUCCUGAAUACUGUAUGUCCCCAUGUUUGGUAAACAGUAUGUGAACUAGCAUCAUAUUGUGUUAUUCUUGCUACAUUAUGCAGUUGAUCAUCCUUCAUAAUAGAAAUACAGACUGAAAGCUGUGAGAACAUUGAUCUGUUUAGACCGUCUGAAGUCAUCCUGUUGUAUUUAACUGCUCCUUCUCUUACCAUCUUCAGUCCCCUCUCCCAGUAAGCUUAGGACUCCUGCCACUCCAUCUCCACUGGCCUUGAGGCAGCCUGUAAAGGCCACAUCAACCCCUAACUCUGCCACCUCCACGCCCACCCGCUCCCUGGCUCCUCCUCGCAGCGGCCUGCCUCGGCCCAGUGCUUCUGCAGGAGGGGGGAUCCCUCUGCCCCGCAGCAAGCUGGCCCAGCCUGUGCGCAGGUGUGUACCCCUCAGAAACCGUCUUUGUGUCCCAGUGCUGCUUCACUUCACUCCACCCUCACUGCAUUUACUGUGGAGGGAUUCAAACUAGGCAGGCGCAAUAUCUAAUAUGCUGAUAUUUUCAAUCUUAUUUUAGCCACAAACAACAUUUGAUAUAUGAACACAUGUCACAGGGAAGUGACCUGCUACCUUGGCUGUGAUGAAGUCAAACCUAUCAGUUUUAGAAUCAGACAAACAACCUGUGAAUCUACUUCAGAAUAAGGAUUAAUUUUAGUCAAAUAUCAGCAAUCAGUCAUGUGUCUGCUGUCCGUUUCAAACAUUUCACAACACUGUUAUACAGCCAGUAUGUAUCAGCUCUCACAUAAUGAAUGCAUAAUGACACAGUGUAUGUCGAAGGGGUGUCACAUUUCAGCCACAGCUCAGAGAAUGAAACCUUCAAUAGGCUGAGUUCAUUCAUUUAACCAUUAUCUGACUUUAUAGAAGUAAAGUGUGGUAAAUAACUACUGCUGCUGAUUUCCUGCACUGUAGAGCUCACUUUCUAUUCAGUCUUUAUUCUUUUUUCUUUUUUUUUCCCCCUAAGCCCUUUGUUGUACCAAAAUAAGUUCUUCAAGUGUUCAUUUUUAAAGCGUCUGAAAAAAAAAAGGUUUAAAACCAAAUUUAAUGUUAUCGUUUAUUGAUUUCUUGUUCUCUUGUGUUGUAUUUGUCUGUCGGACUUUUAUUUCCUCUUCUGUCUGUCCUGUUUUUAUCCAUUGUCUCGUGUGGGUGUAUGCUUUUACUUUUUUUAUCAUUAUUUAUGGUUUUAUUACUCAUGUUUAACAAUGUGCUAUUCACAAGGAUAGCACAGGAAAAAUGUUUACUCUGACCCUUAACCUCUGUUUGAAAGUUUAGAUUCUGUUUCAACUUGGUUUCAAGUCACAUUGAAGUUAAUGCUGCUGUGGAUUUCUGAACAGCAGAAUACAUGAGUGACUUUUGACUUCUUCUUCCUUUUAUUCACAGAUCUCUUCCUGCUCCUCGGUCCUACAGCGGCACUGGGGAAAACUGGAGAGAAGGCUGCUACUAGAAAGGGCCACCAGGGGGCUCCCCAAUCAAACUAUCACGACAAGGAGGCAGACAUUACAACAUGGCACUUUAUCUUCCUAGAUACCUUUUACAGUGAGGGGAGAAGAAGAGAAAAACUCUGUUCCAGAAAAAAUUAAACAAUCCAGAAUUUAAAAAAGGAAAAGACGGUGUCCACAUAGCGUCAAAGAGGACCUCCCAUCGUGUCCCCCUUUGAGGUCUGGCUCUGGAGGGGUCAGGCAUGUAGUGCAGACCAGAAGAUGCCAAAGAAACCAGCCCGACUCCAGCUCGCCUAGCAGAGGACACUUCACCUGCCUUUGUUUGACUGCAAUCAUCUGUCAGACAGUCUUUAUUCCACCACUGACCUUUUCUCCCACAUCCUCCCCCCACCUCCUUUUCUUCUGUCACCUCCCUCAGGUCGAAAUGUUUCCACACAUUUCUCUCUUUUGAUGCUCUGUGUUGAACAGAUCGUGGGUGAGUGAUCUCUAUGAUGAUGCUGUGCAGGUGAACGUCCCGUAAUGUUUGAGAAUCCUUGAUGUCUUGCAACAGUGAAAGCACCUCUGUGUGGGUAAUGACAUUUGAAUAAUCUGUCCUCUUGUUAAAUCAGCCAGAAUGUAUGCACAAGUUUGUUUUGGAAAUUAUUUAUUCAAAUUAUUUAAAGAACUGUAUGUCAAAGCAGCAUCCAUAUCAGUAUUUUGUUUAGAGAUUUCAGUUGUUUAAAAUGUACAUUUUGAACCUCAACUGCAAGCUAACUCUCCAAAGCCUUUAUUUUUCAAUGUGUCAAAUCAGGACUUGAUCAACGACAGCUCGGCCAAAGCUUCAGUUCUGACUUGUACCACAGUUUGCCAAGAUCCUACCAUUCUAACAAAGUGCUAAUAUUGGUCCAUUUGGAAAAGAGGGGUGUACUACAAAGUGAGAGGACUGAGUCUUUUUUUUUAUCAAGCUAGAGUGACAAAACCUGUGGCCCCACUCAGAUAAUGUCGACCAUGAUGGUAUAGAACCACUGGCUUUGUCUGCCAGGUUUUCUUCUGAAAGCUCAGUAACAUCCACAUAUCAGAUGAUGUUUUCUUUAAUCUAUUUUCUGCACAGAAAAAAAGUCAACACAGGAAACUUUGUAAUGAAAGUAUGGAGAUGUAUUAGAGCAAAAAAAAAAUCACAGCCACUACAAGCAUGGCAGGAGAAGAGAGCUGGCAGGACAAACUUUAUCACUUUGAUUUGUUGAUUUCUAUUUCACCACUUUUUCUAAUUUUGACUAGAGGAGAAAGACUUUAGGAAAACCGAUAAGUCUUAAAAAGGAGAGAAACGGAAAAACAGUAACCCCUAAGAAUUCAAAAAUUACAUCUGCAAUCUGAUUCUUUGCCCAAAUUGUUAGUGUGUGUAUAAGUCUUAGAAUAAUGACAAAAAAAACAAGAAAAAGAAACAAUUUUCAGAAGCAUUUUUUUUUCUCUAAUAUAAGGGAAAAAAGGAUUCUUAAUAUAAUUCUUUAUUUAAUGUCACAAGAAAUUUUUAUCAAAAUAAGUCUAAAUUUCAAUCUUAUACAAAGAAUUCCAGGUUAAAAUAAAAUUCUGUGGACAAAAACAGAAUUUUGAUCAAUCCCAGAAUACCAAGAAAAUAAGACCAGAACCCUGCGAAAGAUCCCCGGAUUAAAAGAUUGAAUCAUAAAGCUGCUGAUUUUAUUCUAUUAUUGAAUUAUUUUAUUAAACAAAAAAAUCCAGCUCUAAAUUAAUGAAUCAGGGGCCUAAGAUUAAAGUCAGAACUCUGAUUUGAAUCUUGGUUUCCCAAAACCAAGACCAGAAUUCCAAGACAAAGGGGUUCAUAUUUUUAAAAAUAUAUAUAUAUUUCUGAGAUUUUUGGCAUUGAUGACAUAAUCCCAGAAUUUUAAGGGAAAAAAGUUUAAACAAGAACCAUCACAUCGUUAUGCUUGGACAUUUUAACUAGCUUUGGGUUCAUUUUGGAAUUUCAUACACUGAAGGCUACACUGAAACCAAUCUACAAAUAAAGUGAAUGAAACUGGUGAAAAAACUGAAGCAAUGAUGAAAAGCAUCACUGCUGCUUAACAUUUACAGUUCUGUCUGUGCAUGGAUCAUCUGCUGUUUGAAAUUUAAGGGUUCAUUUUAUUGAUGGAGUAAGGGGUCAGAUUACCUAAAUGCAUGAGAGAGAGAGAGCUGGUGAAGAGGUGUCACCUUUUACAGCAGAUUUAAAUCCAAAUCUAUGACCUUAACUUUCUCCUGCUCAACUGUGCAUUAGCCAGGUUUGAAGAGGGCCAGCUAGUGAAACAGAAAACUCUGGAUGAAGACUAACAGAUAUCCUGGCUUUGUAGUACACUCGUCUUAAUGACAUAAAGUCUGAUCUUUAUCCGAUGAGUGAAUGAGACUCGAUUGGAUAAAAAAAAAGAUACUUUAACAUGAAUGAUUUCUUUCUUUGACGCCACUGAAACACAUGAAACAUGUAUGUGGUUCUCCAAAGUCCUUCUUCAGAUUUAUGACAGCGUGUAUCAUCCAUGCCAUGAAAAAAGGAAGUUGUCUUGAAGUGUCGCUGGCUUUUACCUCCUGUGCUCUGAAUCAAAAGGUGUGUCAGUGUUAAGGAAACUGUCCUGAUCGUUGGUGUGGUGGCUGUUCUGAAACUAGUGCCUAUAAUUUAAAGUUUCACUUGAGUUUGAGCAUAAUGUUUGUUUGUUCAUUAUUUGGUGCCAAUUCUUUGUUUUGCCAAUAAUAUCAUUUUCAAUUUUCUAUCUCUGCUUGAUUGAUUUGCUUGCCUGUUUGUGUUUUUGUAAAUGAAAUCAAAAUACAUUUAUAAUUGCUUUAAAAAUGUUUAAAAUGCGCCUUCAUAUUUAUAACUAAUUACUCUUAUUCUGUAAAUGAAACUAUUUAUUAAAGAGAGAGGUGCCUCUGUCAGAUUCAGUGGGAAGCUACAGCGAAUGUUGCAAAAAUACAUGCCACACCUUUUGUGUGAAAGGUUUUUGUUAUUGAGCUUUUUUUUAUACCCACAAACAUGACAUUCAGUUUCCCGGUGUACAAUUUACAUUUCAAAUAAAAGCUGAAAAGUUACUCUC